AUGGGCCAACUUCUAUCGGCCGUACCCGUCGAUAAGUUGGCCGUGGCCAUCCCACAACGGUACCAAACGCAUUUGGUAGCCUUAAUUCCAUCUUCUUGGCGCAACAGUAAUGAAAACACAGAGGACUCCCAUGAAAAGUAUUUUGACUUGGUUGAUCUGCCGACCGAGUUGGGCCUUGCUAUCUUAUCACACUUAAACCCAACAGACCUCUACUUGGCCUCCGGCGUUUGGUGGAACCUAGCCUCAAAUGAAGUCCUUUGGCGGGGAUUGUGUCGCGCCUAUUGGCCAUUCUGUUCUGUUUAUGACACUUGGCAAGAGACGCCAAAUUUCUCCUUCCGCAUUCUUUUUCUCCGGCUUGACGAAGCCAGGUUGACAUUCAAUAGUGAUUCUUUCGAGGGGGUUCGUUACCUUCUUGAAAAUGGGAUACUCGUUGAUGAUGCUUAUCAUUUGGCAAUGUAUCUUCACGUCACACCUGGACUGGAUCCUGUGCAGAAGAGACGAUUUCUUGAAUCCAGGCAAGAUGUUCUGGAUCAAGUGCUUCGUCUGAAGGACUUUCGCAAGGCCUUCCUUCCAGAUGCUCUGCGUAGGCUCUUUACCGAACUUCCCAGCCCAGAGAAUGACACGCAUAACUUCAUCCCACGCCUGGUCGAGCGAUUCUCUGAGCACUUCGUUCGGUGCAACCCCCACAUUGGACUCCGGCCAGACGUCGUCUACGUCCUCUGCUUCUCUCUGCUGAUGUUGUCCAAGGACUUCGCCAGUCCCCAGAUAAAGAACAAGAUGUCUAAACGCGAGUUUAUUCGCAACACAAAGCAGGCCGUGCCCUCGGCCGACGCGGAGCUGCUCGGUCACUUUUACGACAACGUCUACGUGGAGGGAAACAUCGCCACGUGGGUCACCGUGACGAACAGCACCGCUGCCGACAUCGCUACUCCGCCCGGCCUGCCGGCGCGACGGCUGGCCGAGGUCCGUCCGCCGCGACCCUACCGCGUCAUCGUCACCGCGGCAACAUCCUAG